AAGAGAACCAGCAGUGACCAGUGAUAAUGCUCCUUACCAGUACACUAGCGUGAACUUAUGUGUAUGGUGCAAUUUGUGAGAAAACCUGUAUGUACAUGUACAAGAUGAACGGAGAAGAGAAAAAAAGAAACUGAUGAGAAAUUCCAGGAAAAGUCGCGCUAUUCGUGUCGGAGAACUAUUCACCUCGGAGAAACAUCACUGAUCUGUGAGAUUAAAUGUAGAAGAGAAGCGAGUAGAAGCAAGAGAUAUACUCAGUGAUAUCAACGAUACAUUUGCCAGCAUCGUCGAGUAGUGGACAAGUGGACUCACUCAAAAUGGCCCAAAGCGCAGCACUAUUGACGCGCAUAAUGGCAUCUUCUGUGUCCGCCACAGUGCAAGCUGGCAAGAUAAUACGAGACGUUCUGAGCAAAGGUGGAUUAAACAUAGUGGAUAAGGGCAAGAACGAUCUGCAAACGGAAGCGGAUCGUUCCGCCCAGAAGUGCAUCGUAGCCUCUUUGAGCCGACAAUUUCCAAACAUCACAAUAAUCGGCGAGGAGGAGCCGUCUAGCUGCGAGGUGCCGUCCGAAUGGAUCGUCACGGAGGCGGAUCAAGAGGUGUUGAAGCUGAAGCUACCGGCCCAUCUGGAAGAUAUCGAUCCUAAGGAUAUAUGCGUUUGGGUGGACCCUCUGGAUGGUACAGCAGAAUACACUCAAGGACUAGUGGAGCAUGUUACCGUGUUGAUCGGAGUGGCGAUCGGGAGAACGGCAAUCGGUGGUGUGAUACAUCAACCUUACUAUAAAAACGACGAAAGCGGCACGCUCGGCCGUACACUGUGGGGCGUUGAUGGCGCUGGAUUUGGUGGAUUCGCGCCCAAACAGCCUCCGGAAGGGGAGAGAAUAAUCACGACAACACGCUCGCAUUUUGACGGCAUCGUACAGAGCGCCGUAAAAUCCUUGAAUCCUGACCGAGUAGUGCGUGUAGGCGGCGCUGGGCACAAGGUAAUUCUCUUGCUGGAGGGUAAAGCUCACGCGUACGUGUUCGCCAGUCGCGGCUGCAAGAGAUGGGACACUUGCGCGCCUGAAGCCGUUCUGCAUUCCAUCGGUGGCGUUUUGACCGAUCUUUAUGGUGAACGUUAUCCGUACAAUCCAGAAACAACGUAUGCAAACACAAGAGGCGUGUUGGCUACGGCACCCGGCCAGUCGCAUCAGUGGUAUCUGAGUCGCAUACCUGAUGAGGUGAAGCAAACGUUACAAUAGGUCAGGAGCAAAGUGGAGAAUCUUGUUUCUCUUGGCUCCUCAUGAGCUCCCGCGCGCGCGCGCGCGAUGACAGAUGUGACAUUCAAAAGGCAGAUGAUGUCAUUAAGUCCGAGUGCCGAUUAAAAAAAAACGACCGUUCCAAUUAUUUGGAGAGUUUGUUAUAUGAACAGUAUUGCAUCUCGUCUUUCCUUAGAUGUUUCAACAACCUUCUCACAUGGGCGGGAUUACGAACAACAUUCCGUAACAAGUUGACAUUAUUUCUCAGCGCGGCGUUCUUUCCAAGGCAAUGUAACACACACACGCAAUAAGACAAAACAAUAAAAUUUCCUGUAAAGAG